UUGAAAUAUCACUUCCGAGUCAAAGGUUAUAUUAGUUAAACAAAAUGGCGGCCCCCUUUGAGUUGUUUUGCUGGAAGGGGAGUUGGGGUCUACCUUCGGUUGAUACUGACAGUCUUAUUGUUUUGGCAUAUGCUCGAUUUGCUGGAACUCCACUAAAAGUUCAUAAGAUCACCAACCCCUGGAGAAGUCCCACAGGUUCACUUCCUGCUCUGAAGACUAAAGAGGAUGGAAGCUUCUCUCAACCCAGCAAGAUUAUUAUCCAGCUCAGGAAACAGAAGUACAAUGCAGACUAUGAUCUGUCUGCAAAAGAAGGGGCCGACACACUCGCUUUUAUCUCUCUGCUGGAGGAAAAGCUGAUGCCUGCUCUGAUUUAUGCUCUCUGGAUAGAUUCUAAGAACUAUGUUGAGGUGACGCGUCGCUGGCAUGCAGAGAACAUCUCCUUUCCACUGAAUUUUUUCCUGCCGAGUCGCAUGCAGCGUCAGCAGCUGGAGAGAGUGCGACUCAUGCGAGGAAACAGCUCUCUAGAGGCUGGUGAAGAGGCUGAAAAAGAGCUGUACAGUGAUGCUCUGGAGUGCAUGAAUCUUCUCUCUCAACGCCUCAGGUCAAACAGAUUUUUCUUCGGGGACUCGCCCUCCUCUCUUGAUGCCUAUGUGUUUGGCCAUCUGGCACCUCUACUGAAAAUGCGGCUGCCCAGCACCAGAUUACAGCAGCACCUGAACACACUGGACAACCUGACCAACUUCUGCUCAAACAUCCUAUCCCUGUACUUCCCUGAAGAGAAUCGAGCAGGAACGAGUCAACCAGCAUCCACUGCGAAGGAGGGGAGUGACUUUGACCAUGAGCCUUAUAAGAGACGUAAGCAGCUGCUGUCCGUUCUGGUAGCGGUAGCAGCCAUGCUGGGCUAUGCUUUCCUCACGGGCAUUGUUGCUAUUGAGCAUGUGAAGGAGGAGGGCCCAGGAAGAAACACCACCUCCAUUGAACUUCAGGAUGAAGAGGAAGAGGAGUAAUUGACAGCGGAGUGGGAAAUAAAUGGGGACAUUUAAUUUAUCUGGUGGAAAGAAGUUUUCACUGGAGAUUUACUUUAUGAGGAAGGUUAAGAAUAUUGUGUCUUUUUCUAAUUACAGAGUUUUAAAUGGGAUUUGGGAUUUUUUUGUUUUUGUAUUAUAUGUACUUGUUUUUAUUUUAAGUUUAUUUUGCUGUAAGCAUGUAUAAUUUAUCUAUAUUAGUGACAACAGCUUUUCAUUAGACCAUAUCUGUAAUGUUCUAUUUGAGUUUUUUAAUUGAUAAAUUGCAUUAAUCUAAUAGUCAUUUCUAAUUCCACUGGUGGACCAAUUAAUAACUUCCCAAAAUAGUCUGAAUCAAUGGUCAAUAAAAGCUCUUUUGCCUUGUUAUCAUA